AUGUCUCGCCCUGCACCCAGAAAACCAGAAUACCACAAAAUAAACAAAGAUCUCUUUGUCCUAACCUAUGGAGCUCUGGUUGCCCAACUGUGCAAGGAUUAUGAAAAAGAUGAAGAUGUGAAUACAUAUUUGGAUAAAAUGGGAUAUGGCAUUGGAACGCGGCUGGUGGAAGACUUUUUGGCUCGAUCUUGUGUGGGACGAUGCCACAGUUAUUCAGAAAUUACAGACAUAAUUGCCCAGGUGGCUUUCAAGAUGUACUUGGGAAUUACACCAAGUGUAACCUGUAAUAAUUCAAGCAGAAAUGAAUUUUCCCUGAUUCUGGACAAGAAUCCACUGGUGGAGUUUGUGGAAGAGCUCCCUGCCGGGCGGUCGUCUCUAUGCUACUGCAACUUACUCUGUGGGAUUAUCAGAGGUGCCCUGGAAAUGGUUCAUUUGGCUGCUGAUGUUACAUUCUUGCAAGACAGACUAAAAGGCGACAGUGUGACAGAAAUAGGAAUAACAUUCCUGAAAAAGCUAGAUGAGAAAAAAUACAGACGGAAAAAAUGAAGAAUAGCAUGCAAAAUGUCACAGGCUGAUUAGUGGAGGAGCUAAUAUUAGCUAAACACAGACAGCCAUUGAAAUUUUGAAUUGCUUAAUAGAAUGGGCUUUAAGAGCAUUAUAAAUUAGCCCGAAAUUUGAAAUGCAGUACACUAGGAUAUAAAGCUGUUGUUUUUUUCUUUUGCUUUUAAACCACACAUUUUCAAUCUCAUGUCAAAGUUUCAUAUACAAAUAGCUCCUUAUAAGAUAGCAAGCCUGAAUUGCACAUAUUACUCAGUCCAGUCUAUUCGUUUCAUUAUUUAUGGUAACAGAAAAAAAAAUACCUAGACAGCUGGUAUAUUUAUCUCUUCUCAUUGGAAAAAAAUGAAUGAAAUGAUAAAACAUAGAGUCCACUAUAUAUAGUUUCUAGAUACUGUACAUUGUAUUCUCUAUAGAAACAGUUCUAUUUGUAGCAAUCUUUCAUAUUUUUGAAAAAUGAUGGAUGUGAUUUUCUCAUAUAUGGGCUUGGUUUAUAGCUUAAGCUUCCUGAAACUACUCUUAAUUUGUAAUCAACAAAGCAAACCUAUUUAUUUGAAUGCUAAUUCUGAAACACUUAAAAAUAGCAUUUAAUUAUAAUUCACUUAAUAUAUUUAAUUUUUAGGUAGCUGGCAUUAACCAAAUUCUUUCCAUUUCUUGUGAAAUAUUACUGAUGGCAAGGCCAGGAAAUCACUAAAAUGAGAGGUAAAUAAUGUUCUUCGAGAAUACUUUCAAAGCUCAUUCAGUUAGAAUUUUUACUAUCAUUUUUAUCCUCUAAAAACAUGACGAAGUAUAUUUUAUCUGUGACCAGUACAUAUUAAAAAUUCAAAAUGUACUGGAUUAAAUAAGCAAUAAUCUUCACCAGACCUCAGCAUGGAAGGGCGACCUAUAGGGCAGUCCAGAAUCUACUGGAUUCUGCAGAGAAGUCAAAUUAAAAGUAAAAGUUACAGCUAGUGUGGCACCAUCAGUUAAAACUGCUGUAAGUGAUAUAGUACUGACAGACCUCACCUGGAACUCAGGGGGCUGGAGAGAAGGGCUAGUUCUCUUUCUAGUGGCUUCAGCUAAUGCUGACUAGUGGCUCAUUUUCGGUAAUGUAUAUAAUCUCUCUCUCUCUCUCUCUCUCUCUCUCUCUCUCUCUCUCUUUGUAAAAUGAGAGGCUAGGAUAUGAUAAAUAUCUAAAAUAUAUUAAUGAAUAAAUGACAUCAAUAACCA